UUUAAUCGGGAGGGUGGUGAAGAGAAUUGUCAGUGGUUGAACUCGGGUCUUGGUGGGCUGAGUGCCGCGGUUUGGCGACAGUCGACUUUACCGUUACCAAGCCCGUUACGUGCUGUUUUCUCUCCUCGAGGACGUUCGGAUUAUCGGACGUUAUCGGCGUUCGGAUUCUUCACUCUCCGAUAAAAUGUCUGGGGGUUCCGGCAGGUUUCAACUCGGUUACGCUCGCACGAGAAAUGCCAAGUGCCAAGCCUAAGUCCCUUGAUGGUUUCAGCUGACACAGUCUACUUGCCCGUAAGCCCGGACUUGAUCCCAGAUGGGAAUCGGAAUCCCGAGGGGAAGAAAGACGAGAAGAUGACGAAGGUAACGCGGAAAUGGGAGAUGUUCCCCGGUAGGAACAAGUUCUGCUGCGACGGGCGCAUCAUGAUGGCACCCCAGACGAACGUCUUUUUCACAACCGUCGUCCUCAUAGUGACGACCUGCACGCUCUUCUUCGUAUUCGACUGCCCUUAUUUGGCGGAGAGGAUUUCUCCAGCGAUACCCGUCGUCGCUGCCGUUCUUUUCGUUUUCGUCAUGUCUUCGUUGCUGAGGACGAGCUUCAGCGACCCGGGCGUCAUACCCAGGGCUACGCCCGACGAAGCAGCGUACAUAGAAAAACAGAUAGAAGUUCCAAAUGGCAAUAAUUCUCCCACAUAUAGACCUCCUCCAAGGACGAAAGAGAUUACUGUUCGUGGGCAGACUGUUAAAUUGAAAUACUGUUUUACUUGUAAAAUUUUUAGGCCUCCGAGAGCUUCACAUUGCAGCCUCUGCGACAAUUGCGUUGAACGAUUUGACCACCACUGCCCUUGGGUCGGGAAUUGUGUUGGAAAACGUAAUUAUAGGUACUUUUAUAUGUUCAUCGUCUCGUUAGCUUUUUUAUGCGUGUUUAUUCUUGUUGGAGCGACGGCUCACCUUUUGUUAUUGAAAAAACCGUUUUUUGAAUCUGUGAAAGAAUCCCCUGCAAGCAUCGUUGUCGCUAUGAUUUGCUUCAUGACUCUUUGGAGUGUCGUGGGUCUUGCCGGAUUCCAUACUUAUUUAACACUUGAAAACAAAACUACGAACGAAGAUAUAAAAGGUUCCUUUUCAUCAAAAAGAGGUGCAGAAGUUUUCAAUCCUUACAGCCGUGGAGACAUUUGCUCAGAUUGCUGCUAUAUCCUAUGUGGUCCCUCACCUCCAAGUUUAAUAGAUAGGAGAGGCCUGGUCACACCAGAGUUCACCGCUGAGCGUCAACUUUGGGAGUGCAGAGCAAAUGAAAGCACUGUGAUAUCCAACAACAGGACGUAUGGAGCUGUUCCCCCGCCAAAUCCUAUUCAGGCUAAUGGCUUAAACGCAAACGGGCGGGCUCACAGUAAUAUCCCAGACAACAUCCCACCGGCUGCACAGCCCCAUCCAAAGCAGGGAUUCCAGAACACAUCACCGAUAACACAGACAGUACUCUGUCAACCGAUCACCCCGCCUCAAGAUAACAAUUCGUGUACAAUAAGGCCAGUAGUCGAAGCGGCUGAGGUGGUACUGAAGCCUAACGAUUUUAUAAAAUCAAAAGGCCCGACUAGGCAGGACUUGCGCGACACCGAUCUGGAUUUGGACGAAGUCCCUAACUCGGUGGUGACUCUCAGUGCCAGCCGCCUGCGUCUCUUGCAGGAUACGACAAUGAUCGAGUCGGCGCUCGAUUUGGAUUCCCUUGAAGAGUCCACAUCUUCAGUUGACACCGGCAGCCAAGCAGGUCUGUUGAAAGCAAAAGAUAUUCCUUGCCAAUAUUAGUAAAGGCUCAUCAUCAUUGCUUAAUUCAGUUAAUGUGAUACCAAACAAACAUUCCACAAUAAGAAAUAUUUGUAUUGUUUGGUUUUAUUUUUGUAUAUUACUUUAUAACAUGGCUUGAAAUUAUUUUUAUGUGAAAUAAUGUCGAUUUCACAUACAACCACAUUUCAUUGGUCAAUUAUCUUGUAUUCUUUUUACCAUAUUAAUACAUUCCCACCAAAUUGGAAGUGAUAUGAACAAAAUAAGGCUAUCUAUCUCUUGUUUAAACAAUAUUUAACGGGAAUGGUAAAGGCUGUGAAUAGUUUUACUGUUUGAAAACGUACGUUUCAGUUUUCAUUGUUUUUGUUUAGAGAGUUUAAGUUAAAGGGAAGUAACAAUAUUACUAUUAUUUAAUGUAUAGAAAACAACUUCAGAAUGACAUUAAGAUAUUUAUUAUUUCUUAAUGUAAUAAUUUUAUUUGACAAUUAUAUAUUUUUUUUUUUUUGUAAUUGAUUUAGUUUUAGAUACAUUCCGUACUAAUUCGACCUUAGAGAGUAAUGGAAGUCUGUGUACUCAUUGUAUUAAAAAUAACAAUCAGAAGUCCAACUGUGCAUCAUUCAGACUGAUUGAGGAGAAAAAAACUCAGAAAAACUCUUUCUUAUAUUUGAGUUAACAAAGAGUGCACAAACUUCUCAUACCAAUGAAGUCAAACAAUGGGAAAUAAUUUAAACAAAAAAUAAAUAAAUUUGUAUAAGUAAAAUAUAUAAUUAUUCACAAUAUAAGUGUAAAUGGUCCAAAUUAUCAUGUGACAAUUUAUAUGCUGUUAUGAAUUUUUAUUAUUGUAAUGUGGUCAAAAGCAGGCCAUAUGAAUCGCACACAAGGAGAGCAGUGUUAGCAACUGUUCCUAAUAAUCAA